AUUGUGGAGCAGGAAGGACGAUCUCUGUUUCUCUCUUCAGACAAACAUACAAAGCUUCACUCUGGUAAAUCUUCAGACGGUCACAAUGCAGAUCUUUGCUGCUCUGGUUCUCCUGGGAACAGCCCUGCAUGGCGCUGCACCAAUGACUCACUCUCUGAUAAAUUUCUACACUGGAUCGUCUCAAGUCCCAAACUUCCCAGAGUUUGUGACUGUUGGUUUGGUUAAUGAGAUUGAGACAGAUCACUAUGAUAGUAACAGCAGGAAAUAUGAACCCAAACAGGAGUGGAUGAUCAGAGCCACAGAAGAUGAACCUCAGUACUGGCAGAGACAGACUGAGUAUCGAUUUGGUCACCAGCAGGUCUUCAAAGCCAACAUUGAAAUUUUAAAGCAGCGCUUCAACCAAACUGGAGGUGUCCACAUUAUCCAGAGGAUGUUUGGCUGUGAAUGGGAUGAUGAGACUGAUGAGGUCAAAGGUUAUGAACAGCAUGCUUAUGAUGGAGAAGACUUCUUAUCAUUGGACCUGGAGAGAGAGACUUGGGUCGCUCCAAAACAACAGGCUGUCAUCACCAAACACAACUGGAAUAAUAAUAAAGCUCUGAUGGCUCAGAACAAGCACUACUACACCCAGAUUUGUCCUGAGGAGCUGAAGAAGUAUGUGAACUUCGGGAGGAGCUCUCUGCUGAGAAAAGACCUUCCCUCAGUGUCUCUCCUCCAGAAGACUCCCUCCUCUCCAGUCAGCUGCCACGCUACAGGUUUCUACCCUGACGGAGCCAUGAUGUUCUGGAGGAAAGAUGGAGAGGAGCUUCAUGAGGACGUGGACCUCGGAGAGAUCCUCCCCAACCACGAUGGAUCCUUCCAGAUGAGUGUUGACCUGGACCUCUCAUCAGUCAAACCUGAAGACUGGACGAGGUACGACUGUGUGUUUCAGCUCGUUGGUGUGAAGGAGCACAUCUUCACCAGACUGGAAGAAGAAAAGAUCAGGACCAACAGAGGUAAGACUUCUGGCAUCAACAUUCCUGCAGUCGUUGUUCCUCUCGUCCUCCUCCUCCUCCUCCUCGCUGUGAUUGGAUUCUUAGUUUACAGAAGGAGAAGAACAGGAAGAUGGUGUUAGAAGAUACUCUGGCAUUUGGCAGUUGUGACGACUAAAACAAUGUGUGUGCAGUUCUCUUAGAAACUGAAUUCUGGAAAAGACAACCCUGAAGGCCAAACACACAACCCUGCACAGCUCGCAGGUAGAGAGUGGAGUCACAACGUUUUUCGACUGUGUUGUUGAGAUCAUUUUAGUUUACUACAGUUUUUCUCAGCCGCAGUUAGUUCAACCUCCACAAC